AUGCCGCCGCCGCCGCCGCGCAACUCCACUCCCCGCCUCGCGCUCCCCGCCAUGGCCCGAUCCCGAUCCCAGUUCCAGUCCCAGGCGGACCUCGACUUCCCGUCCCUCAUCUCCGACCUCACCUCCCUACUCCUCCACUCCCCCGCCGGCACCGCCGCCUCCGGCCCUGUCUUCUCCUCCUCCUCCCUCUCCAUCCCCACCCCGACUCCCAAACCCAAGCCCAGUCCCACUCCCACUCCCACAUCAGCCGUCCCGACCCCGACCCCGCUGGCGCGCGCGGCCAUCGGGGCCUGCGCGGGAGCGGCGGCGGGGGCCUUCACCUACGCGGCGCUGCUCCCGAUCGACGCCGUCAAGACGCGGCUCCAGGUGCAGGCGGCCGCCGCGCCGUCGGCCACCUCCUGGCAGGUCUUCCUCGACAUCCUCCGCACCGACGGUCCCCUCGGCCUCUACCGCGGCCUCUCCGCCGUCAUCCUCGGCUCCGCCUCCUCCUCCGCCGUCUACUUCGGCACCUGCGAGCUCGCCAAGUCGCUGCUCCGCCCGCACCUCCCGCCCUUCCUCGUGCCGCCGCUCGCGGGGGCCAGCGGCAACGUCUCCUCCUCCGCCAUCAUGGUACCCAAGGAGCUCAUCACGCAGCGCCUCCAGUCGGGUGCCGCCACGGGCCGCUCCUGGCAGGUGCUCCUCGGCAUCCUCCGCGCCGACGGCUUCUUCGGCCUCUACGCGGGCUACGCCGCCACCCUGCUUCGCAACCUCCCCGCGGGCGUGCUCAGCUACUCCUCCUUCGAGUACCUCAAGGCGUUCACGCUCAAGCGGCGUGCCGGGGAGAGCCUCACGCCCGGGGAGAGCGUCCUCUGCGGCGCCCUCGCGGGAGCAAUCUCUGCUGCGCUCACCACCCCGCUCGACGUAGUCAAGACGCGCCUCAUGACCAGGGUCGGCGCCGAGGGCAGCCGCACCGUGCUCGGCACCAUGAGGGAGGUCGUCGCCGAGGAGGGGCUCGUCGGCCUGUCCCGUGGCAUCGGGCCACGGGUGCUGCACAGCGCGUGCUUUGCCGCGCUCGGCUACUGUGCCUUCGAGACCGCGAGGCUUGCCAUCCUGCAGUGCUACCUUGAACGCUGCCAAAUCAAGGCCAAGGCCGAAGCACAGCCUGAGAUGGAGCCUGGAGUUGCUGCUGCUGCUACUUGA